ACUCAAAUGGCAAAGGAUUCCGUGUGAAAGACAAUUACCGCGGAGAUCAUCUCCCCGCCGCAUCGCAAAAGGUCGACAUUGACAUUGGAGCCAGAGCACAUGAAACGGCUGUUAGAGGAUAUCGGAGUCUGAGGACGACGGGGAGAGCGUGCGCCAGGGGACUCCAUAUCGACGCGCAAGCACAGAAACCCGCGGCUGAAUGGUUAGAACAGUCGUGGCUGAGCAGUGCGCGCGGGACCUUCGCUCGAACAAAUUCCAUUCUGCAGGCUACUACCCACGAGGGGGGGUCCUGUACCCUUCCAUAGGAGCUGCAACCUCUGUGUUGCUCCUGGUGAUAGGCGGGACGCUUUUCGCCCUUCGCCGUCGGCUGAAACAGCCGUCUUCCGUCCCCAGCUGCGAGGGCAUAGUCGUCUACCCCUCCCAAGGACCAGCGCCAACCUUCGUCACGAAGGACGUCGUCUUCAACCUACCGAUUCUCCAUUCGGCCAACUCCACGAGCGACAUAUUAGCCGACCUUGACCCCGAGGACCUGCCGCUUUCCAUGGAGAGGCCUCAGCCCCGGACAAUACGGUCCAACUCCUUUGGAAGCUACGGCCUCGGAGGAUCUUUGGGAUGUUUAGAACCUGACCUGUACAAAGCGACGCCGACUGAAGAUCCGUAUCCAGAAGGUCACAUCGGUCGCAUCUGGAUGAAGCUCAGUCACGAGCCAAAAACCGAACAGCUCACGGUGACACUGAUGAAGGCGCGAAACCUCCCUGCACGCCCAGGAGGAAGCUGCGAUCCUAUGGUCAGACUUCACCUGGCUCCUGGAGAUCGCCGUCACGUUCAGUCACGCCAGAAACGAAGAGACUGCAAUCCGAAAUUCGACGAGACCUUCGUUUUACAGGUUCCGAACGGUGAUCUGAGUGGAAAAACGUUGCGGAUAUCGGUAAUCGAUGGCGGCCGUCCAAAGAGAAAUUCGACAAUUGGUUAUGCGGCCGUGUCUUUGGAAGGGGCUCUUCCCGACGGCGAGCCGAGAAUAUUUCAGUUGGACCUAGACAAAGAACCGCCGGAUCACAGUGCUCGCGGGGAAGUUCUACUGUCACUCCAAUACAACGAUCAUUCCGGUCGUCUGACCCUGACAGUUAUGGAAGCCAAAGGCCUGAGGCAAGGUGUCGUCGAAGUAUGCGCGAGAGCGACCUUAUCCAAGCACUGCAAGCCCCUGAAAACAAGGAGAACUGCUCUUGCCAGGCCCAGACAAGGGUGUUGGCCUUUCAGCGAGGCUCUCCACUUCCGGUUGAGCGGUCCUGAUGCCAGUCUAACGGGGUCGUUAACGGUGAGCCUUCUUGCGCGUGGUACCAAGGAAAGAGCCCUGGGUCGAGUGGUUCUGGGACCUUACAUGUUUGCCAGAGGUCCGGCGCUCGAGCACUGGACCGCAGCUUUUUCAAAACCCCGAGAAGCAACCCAGAGGUGGCACACGCUAUCGUAAUACGUUUUAAAUAACACAACAUACGCCCAUGGAGUGUCGUUACUUAUUUCCGUGAUCGCUGUGACUAUAAUUAUAAUUAUUGUUGUUAUCAUUAUUUCCAUUGCCCCAUUAUUAAUAAGGUACAUAGAAAAAAGAAUUUGUAGACUUUAGGUACCAAAUAUAGCGAUCAAAUGUGGCUAGAGAUAUUUCGUUCAUUCAAAUAAACACUAUGUAACACAAAUUGUUGUGUUUCGAUCGAUUGUUUUGAUGAAUGAAAUUAUGUUUCCUGACAUAAAAAAACACAUCUUCUUCGUCAUAUUUGGUAAAAUCAACAAAUCCUUGGUCUGUGUCAUGUGAUGUAAGCUAUGCCUAUACUUGUCUAAACGUGAAAUGUCUACUACCAACAUUCAACAGAACUCUUAAUGGUGAUAAUUAAACCCUCAUUGGAUAUUUUAUUAAAUUUUUCAGUGAUGUUAUUUUUGUUAAAUCACAUGCUAAUUUCUAAGAAAUCUUUCCACUGCACCGAAAGGUUUGACAUCUAAAAGGAAAUGGUGUAAUAUUAUCGACUUCGUAAUCGAGUACAGCUGAUUUCUUAUUUUAUUUACUUUUGCUGGUAUACUUACUUUGGAAUUAAUCAAUUUUAGGCACCGGCUACACUUUAAUUAAUGAACUACGGCAGUUCCAAGUAUAUAUAUAUAUAUAUAUGUGUGUGUCUGUGUGUGUGCGUGUGUGUGCGCGCGUAUGGGUGUGUGUACACAUAUACAUAAUGUAUAUGGAGUAAUACGUGUCGUGUUAAAUUAACCUACGGGACGAAAGGUACUCGGUUGAAAGCUGGUUGCCGAUUGGUCGACUGGCUUUGAGGAUCAGGGAAAGGUCCACCAAACAAUGUUGAAUUCAACAGAUAUUUGGGACCAAUUUCUAGACCAAAGGUAUCAACAACUCUUAUUGCAGAGUAAGCCGAUAAGAGAACAAUGUGAAUUUAUUGAUAUAUUCAAUAUUAUUCAAGUCAGUACGCAGAUAAAAAUGUGUCAGAAGGCAAAUUUAUGUAUAGUGUUCUAGCAGAUUGUACGAAAAUAAAAUACCUAUAUUGGAAUAAUAUUUAUUACAUGAUCCGAUUGGUUGCUUUAGUUUAAUUUCAUUUAUGAUUUAUGAUAUUAAUGGAUAUAUGUACAUGUUUGUGACGCCGACCCGAUCACGCUAGAAGUAUGGCGCUGACAGGUAUAUGCGUUUAUUGAACGGAACCAACACUCGUGCAGGAGUC